GGGAGGCCUGGAUGACUAAACCUGACAGACACGCUGGUGGGAGGCUCGGGCGGGCGCCAGUGCCCGCUUAGGUCCUUCUCGCCCGGCAGCCACCACCCGCCCGGUGACCAUGAUAGUGUUUGUCAGGUUCAACUCCAGCUACGGCUUCCCAGUGGAGGUCGAUUCCAACACCAGCAUCUUGCAGCUCAAGGAAUUGGUUGCUAAGCGACAGAGGGUUCCAGCUGACCAGCUGCGUGUGAUUUUUGCUGGGAAGGAGCUUCCGAAUCACCUGACGGUGCAGAGCUGUGACCUGGAACAACAGAGCAUCGUUCACAUAGUACAGAAACCAUGGAGGAAAAGUCAUGAAACAAAUGCAUCUGGAGGGGACAAACUCCAGGGCACCUCAGAGGGCUCCGUAUGGGAGCCCAGGAGCUUGACGCGAGUGGAUCUCAGCAGCCAUAUCCUGCCCGCGGACUCCGUGGGGCUGGCGGUCAUUCUGGAUACAGACAGCAAGAGUGAUCCAGAAGCAGCCAGAGGGCCAGUUAAACCGACCUACAACAGCUUUUUCGUCUACUGCAAAGGCCCCUGCCACAAGGUCCAGCCUGGAAAGCUCCGAGUUCAGUGCGGCACCUGCAGACAAGCAACCCUCACCUUGGCCCAGGGUCCAUCUUGCUGGGACGAUGUCUUAAUUCCAAACCAGAUGAGCGGUGAGUGCCAGUCUCCAGACUGCCCUGGAACCAGAGCUGAAUUUUUCUUUAAAUGUGGAGCACACCCAACCUCAGACAAGGACACAUCAGUCGCUUUGAACCUGAUCACCAGCAACAGGCGCAGCAUCCCCUGCAUAGCGUGCACAGAUGUCAGGAGCCCCGUUCUGGUCUUCCAGUGUAAUCACCGCCAUGUGAUCUGUUUGGACUGUUUCCACUUGUACUGUGUCACAAGACUCAACGACCGGCAAUUUGUCCACGACGCUCAGCUUGGCUACUCCCUGCCGUGUGUGGCUGGCUGUCCCAACUCCCUGAUUAAAGAGCUCCAUCACUUCAGGAUCCUUGGCGAAGAGCAGUACAAUAGGUACCAGCAGUAUGGUGCCGAGGAAUGCGUGCUACAGAUGGGAGGUGUGCUGUGCCCGCGUCCUGGCUGUGGAGCUGGGCUGCUGCCUGAGCAGGGCCAGAGGAAAGUCACGUGUGAAGCAGGCAACGCCCUGGGCUGCGGGUUCAUUUUCUGCCGGGACUGCAAGGAGGCGUACCACGAAGGGGAUUGCGACUCACUGUUCGAAGCUGCGGGGGCGACUUCUCAGGCCUAUAGAGUGGAUGAGAGAGCGGCGGAGCAAGCUCGCUGGGAGGAGGCCUCCAAGGAAACCAUCAAGAAAACCACCAAGCCUUGUCCUCGCUGCCACGUGCCCAUUGAAAAAAACGGAGGAUGCAUGCACAUGAAGUGUCCGCAGCCACAGUGCAAGCUGGAGUGGUGUUGGAAUUGCGGUUGUGAGUGGAACCGAGCCUGCAUGGGGGAUCACUGGUUUGAUGUGUAGAGAGUGAUGUCCCUUGGCCCUGGCCGCAUGACGUCACGGGAAGCCCCACUACCUUCGUUAGCCAUUUCUUUUUCUCGAUGCCUAUAAGCCCAUCCACGCACGCGCACAGACACAGGCUGCAGAUUACAGAAGCAGCCCCUAGGUCCUUUCCAGGGCGGACCCAGAGAAUCUCAGCACCUGCUGGCCCCAGCGGGAGGCGCUUCCAGCCUCCGGGCUCAUGCAAAUGUCGGAGCUGGGCUGGGAGUGCACCCUUGUUUUGGAUUCUCAUCCCAGCGAGAAUUUGAGUUACCUGGUCAUGAGUUUUCCAGGCGCAACCUCCCGCCGUCCGCUUCACUGAAUCCAAGUAAAAGCCAUGGGUGAAGUGGGAACUGCUUUCCAGGGCCGUUGCCACGCCCUGGGUAAAUCAUACCUCUGUGGAUUCUCAGAAGCGCGCCUGAGAUCUGAGGAAAGCAAUCAUCUAUUCCCUGAGGGCCCUCGGCUGCCGCCAAAACUAUUUGUUUAUCCCCCAAAUCCCAUCUUUAUAAACGGUGCUGAUGAGAUUACAAUCCCUCUGUAUACUAAUCAGCUUAUCAACCAAGUGAGAACCUAGGAAAGCUAAUUGGAUCGCAGACUGUUUAAAUCACAGGGAGGGCACGGAAGUCAAACUCUUUCUGUUCCUUUACUUAUAUGCAACUUUAGAAAGAAAUGAUCUUUUUUUUUUCCCUGAAAAUAUUACAAAGUCUGUAAUUUGGUUUGUAGUAUUCCUACUGCAGCCUGGAAGUCUAACUCAUUCAUUUGGCUUCACUGUGAAUUUAACAGAGAAAGUGCCUAUAAGGGGAGCAUUUUUUUUUUUAGAGACAAUCCCGUGAUGCUGUUCCAAUGCUAACAACAGGGUCAAGAUACACAAUGUUUAUAGAAGAAGCAUCUCUAGGCCAUCUAAAUGAGAACAGGCCUGACUCUUCCACCAGAAAUGAGGACACCCUCUGCAUAUCUGCCCCCUCCUCAGGACAAAAACCACACACUGGAAUAACCUUCAGAUCAAUAUCCAUCACACUCGAAUGUUAAUCUUUCAAGGUUUACUUUUCUUUUUCCUGUUUUUUUUUUUAUUUGUUUUGCUUUUGCAUUUUGGGGGAGUGGUGGCAGGGGGCUUCCAGACCUGAGUCCUAGAGCUAAAAAUCAUAUAGAAAUGAGGGCAUUGGUAUCUCACGGUAUGAGGAAAGGUCAGAUAUGCAGGUCCCAGUGGCCCAAGACUCCACCCAGACAGGUCCUGAAUGAGUGUCAUACAUGGACCCAAAAUGAAGAAAACCACCUGUCACAUAGUACUCAGGUAUCUGAUGUCACCAUCACUAUUUUUUUUUCUUUACACCAUCGCGCUCACCUCUGCCUCCUUCCACACCCAUGGGCCAUGAUGGGGUCGGGAAGCCAGGACGAUGUUUGCUGUCCUGUUCUGGGUAAAGGGGCUCCCUGAAGCUCUGUAGCCCUCCAGUGUGGUCCCUUUUCCUUUCUAGCGGUUGCACAUGCUUUCUUCAGAAUACAAUAGUGAUUCUUAGAAUAACCCAAAGGAAAGGCAUCCGCAGUGUGCGAGCAUGAAUCACAGCCCGCAUUGUGUGAGUGUGAAUAGUGGGAUAGAAAGCGGAUGUCAGAAGGGCGGAAAUCAAACCUCUGUGAAGCAAUCUUCCUCUUUCUGUGAAAUGUAUUAAGAAAUACCCGAAGUCUGUGUCUGUGGUGGUACCCAGACUGUCAAUCAGUAAAGACCCAGACCGUCAAUAAAAGAAU